AUGCUGCGCCCUCUGUACGCAUCUCCCUUCCGCUCUGAACGCAACCUUUGGCCACCAGAAAAUGCACCGUUUGUCCCCUUUAUCCCUUUUCUCGGCCCUACACACCGUUCCCCCCUCUCCGCCUUCCACCCUUCUUCUCCCUCUUUCCUCUCUGCCUUACCCCCUUCUUCCCCUUUUCCCCUCACUUCCCUACACCAUUCUUCCCCCUUUCCCCUCUCUACCUUACACCCUUCUUCCCCCACCAAGCGAGCUCUCCCUAACGUCCUGCUAAACCCCUUUUCCCUCUCUUCCCUGCACCGUGUUUCCCCCUCUCUCUUUUUGGCCUUACGCCCUGCUUCCCCCUUUCCCCUCUCUUCCCUACACCAUGCGUCCCCCUCCCCCUUGUCUUCCAAACACCCUUCUUCCCCCUCUCCGCUAGCUUCCUUUCCCCCGUCUUCCCCCACCAUGCCUUCUCUGCCUUACGCCCUGCUUUCCCCUUUCCCCUCUCCUCCCUAUACCCUUCUUCCCCCUAUCCCCUCCUUGCCUUACCAUUUUUCGCUUCCUUUCCCUCUCUCGCAUUCACCCGUCUUCCCCCUUUCCCCUCGCUGCCUUACACCCUCCCAUUCAUUCUCUCUGCCAUUCACCCCACUUCUCCCCUUUCUCUCUCUGUGUUACUCCCUUCUUCCGCCUUUCGCCUCUAUGCCUUGCAUCUUUUAUCCCCCUUACGCCACUCUGCCAUACUCCCCUUCUUCUACCUUUCCACUAUCUCCCUUACCUCCUACAUCACCCUUUUUCUCCAUGCCAUUCACCCUUCUUCUCCCCUUCCCCUCUAUGCUUUACACCCCUCUUCCGCCUUUCCCCUCUCUGCCUUACGCCCUGCUUCCCCCUCGUCACUCUCUUCACUACACCCGUCCUCCCCCUCUCUCCCCUCCGCCUUACACCUUUCUUGCCCCUUUCCCUCUCUGCCUCUCACCCUUCUUAUCCCCUUUCCCUCUCUGCCUCUCACCCUUCUUAUCCCCUUUCCCUCUCUGCCUCUCACCCUUCUUAUCCCCUUUCCCUCUCUGCCUCUCACCCUUCUUAUCCCCUUUCCCUCUCUGCCUCUCACCCUUCUUAUCCCCUUUCCCUCUCUGCCUCUCACCCUUCUUAUCCCCUUUCCCUCUCUGCCUCUCACCCUUCUUAUCCCCUUUCCCUCUCUGCCUCUCACCCUUCUUAUCCCCUUUCCCUCUCUGCCUCUCACCCUUCUUAUCCCCUUUCCCUCUCUGCCUCUCACCCUUCUUAUCCUCUUUCCCUCUCUGCCUCUCACCCUUCUUAUCCCCUUUCCCUCUCUGCCUCUCACCCUUCUUAUCCCCUUUCCCUCUCUGCCUCUCACCCUUCUUAUCCCCUUUCCCUCUCUGCCUCUCACCCUUCUUCUCCCUUUCCCCUCUCUGCCUUACACCCAUCUUCCGCCUUUCCCCUCUCUGCCUUAUGCCCUGCUUCCCCCCGUUCUCUCUCCUCCUUACACCCUUCAUCCCCCUAACGCCACGCUGCCUUACUCUCUGCUUCUCCCUUUUCCCUCCCUUCCCUACACCCUUCUUCCCCCUCUCCCCUCUCUGCCUUACUCUCCUUUUCACCCUUACCCCUUUCUGCCUUACACAUUUUGUCCCCCAUGCGCCAAUCUGCCAUACGCCCCUUGUUCCACCUUUCCCCCCUCUACCGUACAUCCGUGUCAAGUCCUAUUCCCACACUUUACAAUUAAAUGUGGCUGUCUAA